CUCCAGCACUCGGUCACACUGGCCUGCCUGCUGAGCGGCUACUCCCCACAGGGGGCGAUGGUGAGCUGGGAGGUGGACGAGGCGGAGGUGACGGAGGGGGUCCUGACCACCACAGAAGAAGAGAAGGGAGGGUACUACAGCCGCAGUAGCACCCUAACCCUCAGCAAGGCACGAUGGGAAGAGGGAGAGGUGUACACCUGCAGGGUCACCCACAAAGACAUCAGUGAUUCUGCCACCUUCCGGAGAAGUCACUGUAGUGUUUUAGAGCUGAAUGUUAAAGUAUAAUAGUGAAUAAUAUCAGUAGCGUUGUGUGCUUAAUUAACUAUUUUGAGAUUAUUGUGCAUGUCUUCUUGCCUCUGAGUUCAAAUAAAGCUUAUUUUGAUUUAAAUAUAACCCCAAGAGUUGAUUUAAUCAUGAUUCCAGUGAUCACUAUCUCAGGAAUAGGCAACACAUUUCAUAAUAAUUUAGAAUCAUUCAGCUUCUUUCAUUAUUUAGCAUUGUAACUUAUAUCUACUCUCAUGCUUUCAAACAUAAUUAAAAGGGCAUCUGAUCCAACAAAUACUCUGCAAUCAUUUCUACAACUGAAUGAUCUUGUUAUACUGUAGCAUCAAUACCAGUGAUAAUAAUUAGUGAUAUUUGAUAAUAAACCUCUAAGUUCAGCUCUCAGUAACUAAUUAGUUACUUUCCAUAACAUAAGUAUAUUUACAACGAUUAAUUCUCAAUAUGACGUUAUUAAAUAAGAUGUUUUUAGCAAUGGUUUUCAACAAUGUGUUGUGUAAACUUCUCCAUUAUAUUCCCCCAGAUCUUCUCUACCUCCAACCCCCUGGGGACAGAGUGAACAUCUGGUGACAGUACUACUCUAUUCUGGGACAAACAGAACCACCCAGCCCUGUCUACGGAAAUCUCAGUUUCACUCCCACAGCUACCAGUCUAGUAGUUGAAGAGUUUCACUGCCUGACAUACCCUGGAAUGGGCCAGAUGUGAGGGAGUGACUGGUUUUAACCUCUAUGGUGGAUUCAGGAAGGGAGACAUAACAGAUAUGGCAUCAUGUAAUUAAUGACAGAUACAAUUAGUAUUAUACUUUAUGUAGAUAGUGUAUAUAGUGUAGAUUGUGUAGUGUAGAUAGUGUAUAUAGCGUAGAUAGUGUAGUGUAGAUAGUGUAUAUAGUGUAGAUAGUGUAGUGUAGAUAGUGUAGUGUAGAUAGUGUAGUGUAGAAAGUGUAGUGUAGAUAGUGUAUGUGGAUAGUGUACAUGUGUCUCAUGGUUGAGUCCAGCAUCAGGUGUCAUUCACAGGUCUAGCAGUCAGUAACCUACAUUUGGUUGUGAGGUCCAUAUGAGGACUUUUUGGGGGGGCUGAAGUGAUUGUAACGUUUAAGUAAUGUUGAGGUCAUAACACAUUUUGUUUGGCUUCUCAUGUGGACUGGUAAUAGCUCCCAUUUGACCUGUGUAACUACAUUGUCCAGCAGACAAAUGACAACUUUCAUCUACACAUGACUGUAUCUUGUUGACUGUGUCUAAGUCCUGUACAGAGCUGGGUAAAAUAAGUGUUCCAGUUCUCUGGCCCUUCCAUUACAUUUUAGUAGAUGCUCUUAUCCAGAGCGACUUACAGGGUUAAGUGGAUGCUCAAGGGCACAUAGACAGAUUCUUCACCUAGUCGGCUUGGGGAUUAGAACCAGCAACUUUUCGGUUACUGGCACAACGCUCUUAACCACUCAGCUACCUGCCACCCACUUAGAAGGAGCUUCAAAGGGGCAUGAAAUUGCAGGAGCUCGUCUUUUUGACUGACUAUCUAGGGUAAAAACUAUGGUGGACAAUGAAGUGGGGGGCUGUCAAUGUUUUCUCCAGGUCUCUGUAGGUACCAGCGCAGAUAAUUGCUGUAUAUACUACAGCUGAGUUACAGCCAAUGUUGACCGUCUCUCCAGUACCAACAGCUUUCACUGCAGGUGUCUGAGUCAGAGUGUACUGUCCUCUGGAUUCUGAAUAUUACAUGGUGAGAGAAACAAACAGAACACUUUUUAAUAUCUGAAAUUAUGCAAUUAAUACAUUAUCCUGAGAUAAGCAUGAUUACUUACUCAAUUAUCAUUACUUAGAUAUGAAUAAUUCUUAUACCUUGAAUGUAGAAGACAAGUGUCCAGAUGAAGAUGGUGAUAAAAGUAAUGGUUGUUGUGGGUUCAGUUGUCAUGAAGGACAGCUCUCAGUCAUGAAGUGUUAAACUCACAGGGCAAUAAAUACUCCCAGACCACUGAAGCAUGUGCUGUCUAUGCAAAGUAUCCAAUCUAUGCAAACAGGGGUGUAUUCAUUCCGCCGAUUCUGUUGCAAAACGUUUCUUAAACGGAAGCAAACAGAACGUAACAGGGAUGGACCUAUCUGAAUUUUUCCAAUUGAAACUCAUUUUGCUCUGAUUGCUUCCGUUUGUUUCUUUUUUCCAACAAAAAUACAGGACGUGACAACUACAAUACCAAUGUCCAAGCAAGGCACAAAAUGGGAUAUCAAGAAUAGUUAAAUGGACCAUAAUAAAAUAAUGUUAAAAUAAUAACAUAAAACCAAACAACAAUAACAAACAACAACAACAUAAAGAAAAAGUAGAAUUAAAAAUUAUAAUAUUAUUCACAGUUACACCACAUUAGAAAUUGACAUCAGUUACAUCCAUUAUGACCUCUGAAGUCCAUUAAACCAAGCAAUAAAGUAUCUUAAACGGUAAACGGUUUCCAUAAUGAAUACACCCCCCUGAGGUGUAUUCACUAGUAGCCUAACGGAACCAAAUGGAAGCAAACAGUAGCAAAUGGAACAAAACGGGGUGGGACCUAGCUGAAUUUGUCCAAUAGAAACUCACGUAUUCGUUUCUAAUCUUUUUCCAAUGCAAAACGUUUUGCUACAGUGUACAACUAAUACAUACACUCUAGACUUUCUUAGUCCCACGGAGACAGUGUAAUUGAAGAGAUCUGUGUGAGCAGGAGCAUUUUUAAUCGGAGGGGUUGAUUGCCCUGCCAAUCAUGGCCUUGAUUGGUAAACGAGCCUCGGCUGGGCUCAAUUAAAGGCUAGGUAGGUGUUGGAAGGUUCUAGCAGGGCGUGACAGGAGAGAGGUUUUGUGUUGACUGUACGACAGGUCAUUUCAGGGCAGUGUUUCCCAAACCUCUCAUCAAGUCCCCCCAGACGGUCCACUUAUUUGAUGUGCUCCAGAACUAGCACAGCUGAUUCAAAUGGUCACGUAAUCAGCAAAUGGUCACCUGUUAUAAUUCUGGAAUAAAAUGUGUGUGGACUUCCUCGGGUACUUAAGGAGAGGUUUGUCCAGAUGAAGAUGGUGAACUUUCAGGUCAUGACAAAUAUAAUGAGUUACAACCAUGAUAACAAUGAUGAUGAUGAUGAUGAUGGGGAACAUGAUGAUGCUUUCUAAACAUGUUCAAAGUUGACCUCCUUACUGAUCAGUGUUCCAUGUCACUGUCUCUUCCCCCUCAGCACCUGCAGUAGGUCCCAGCUGUAGCAGUACAGUCACUGUGCAGUCUGACUGAGGGAGGUUUUUGUACGGCUCUGUAUCACUGUGUGAACACAUAUUUACUAUUGGGAUAGUGGAAACUCUGACAGUAGUAAUCUCCUGCAUCUUCAGGCUGGGCUCCACUGAUGGUCAGAGUGAAGUCACUCCCAGAUCCACUACCACUGAAUCUAGAAGGAGUCCCAGAAUGGAGUGUGUUCCCUGGGAGCAUCAUGAGUUUGGGUUUUUCUCCAGGUUUCUGUUGGUACCAGGAUAGACACUGAUGGCCCAGUGACUGACCAUUGUAACAAUUACUAUGCACAUUACUGCUGGUUUUACAGUUCAGAGAGACUGUCUGUUCUGGGAGAACAGCUUUCACUGCAGGAGUCUGAGUAACAGUGAUCUGUCCUUUGGAUUCUGAAAGAAAAAACAAGUAAUUGUACAUUACCAGGAAUUAAAAAACAUUCUUAACAAUUUUUCAGUCCACUCAAAUUGUUUACUUUUCAUUAUACAAACACAUAACUCCUUUUUUUUACCCUUGAUGUAAAAAGCAAGUGUCCAGAUGAAGAUGGUGAUAAAAGUCAUGGUUGUUGUGGGUUCUGUUGUCAUGAAGGACAGCUCUCAGUCAUGAAGUGUUAAACUCACAGGGAUAUAUAUGCUCUCAGAGCAGCGGAGCAGAUAUAUUAUGCAAAUGAAUGUUUCAAAUCUAGUUCAGUUUCCAAGUAGGCUUCCAUCAUUAGUAUAUAUUUUGUCCUGCGUGAGAUUGGUUUUAUAAUAAUUAGGUGGGUGCUUAUAUUUGCCCUAUUUCACACGUGUAUUAUACACGUGUAAAUUGGAAAUGUAUUUUUUUGCAUAUCCCAACUCCCCCUGAGACAUCCUCGGAGACUAGGGUCAAGGCCACGGUCUGCCAUUGUCAACGGCGACCUUGGAUCAAUUAGGGUGCCUUACUCAAGGGCACAUCAUCAUAUGUUUCACCUGGAUGUCGGCCCGGAUAUUCAAAGUAGCGACCUUUCAGUUACUGGUCCAACGCUCUAACCACUAGCUACCUGCUGCCCCUUUAAUAACAUCAAACAGCAACUGUUUACUCAGAUAACUAAUGCAUGGCAACUUUUAUGUCACACCACCAUUGUAUUUUUAUUCUGAUGAUGAUCAGAUAUAAUGAACUGUUUGCUUGGUCUCUCAUGUAAGUUCCUCUAAUCAGUUAGUGAACACUUCUCUAAACUAAAGCUGGUAGGAUUCCUCUGGUAGUGUUGUCUGUCCUCUGUGAUUUUACCACCACUAUUAAAUGUGAGAUCAACAUCUUUAAUAAAGGAAUAUACAACAUGGAUCACUAUCACUACUGCUGCUGCUGUUGUCUUUCAUAUGGACAAUAUGGAGGAAUACUAGCAACACUGGAUCUAAUGCUGGACUGCACCUCCAGACUAGGAGAACACCUGAUACACAGAAGAAGGAAAAAAUACUCAUAUCUGGAUUUAAGAUACAAUUCACAUUUGUAUUAUCUAGAAACAGCUUAUAUAAAGUGUUUGUUCUACCUGUAAGAUGUUAACGUGUAUUUGUGUUGAUGAUGAUUCUGUAUGAGUGAUCUUCACUGUAACAGCUGCAGCAUCACAACACAGAGAUGUUUUUGUACCAGCAGUAAUAGGGAUUGUAUCACUGUGGUUGACUUUUGGUAGCGGCACCAGACUUGAUGUUGGAAGUAAGUAACAAGCUCUUUUGAUAUUUAUUUCAGCAAUUUUUUUAAACAUAUUUUACUUUCAAAAAAAUAUAGUUAUUUCUAUUACUUUUGACGAAGCCUUCUUUCAAAUAACAUUUUGUUUAACCAAAAUGUUAAAAUGUAGGUGUUUAUGUAUAUGUCUGGUUUGAUGGAUUGCAGAGUAUAAUUCUAGAAUGAUAACUACUUGAUAAUAUUGAAUAUAGUUGUUGCAUUGUGUAUUACUGUUUGUGUGCGAUUGUUGAUCUUUAACUCUCAAAUAUUUUUGGUUAAAUUGAGCUUUUGAAUGAGCCUUCUUUCAAAUAGAUAUUUAUGGAAUCAAAAUGAUAAAUUGUAGGAUUAUUUGUAUGUCUGAUUUGUAUAUUUCCUAAUUCUGAUAUAACAACUAUUUAAUAGUAUAGUAUAUAGUAUUCAUCAUUGUUGAAUUGUGUUCAUGGUAGACUUCACUGUUAGUGUGAAGACAAAGGGUCUCAGUUAUGUUUGUAACAGACUUCAUGAUCUAACAAGGUUGAUAUGUGAUGAAAAUACUAUGAAUAUGAGUAGGCUAUUCUGAUCAGAUCCAUUCCUAAACAAUAUCUGUAUGACAUGUAUAACUGACACCGUAUGACUUGUAACUCUAGUUAUUGUCACACCCGGGCUCUGGGACUCUAAUUAUUGAGCCAGGGUGUGGUCAUUCUAUGUGGUGUAUUUGUAUGUUGGGAGUUCUGGUUUGUGUAUUUCUAUGUUGGCCUGAGUGGCUCCCAAUCAGAGGCAACGAGUGUCAGCUGUCGUUGGUUGUCUCUGAUUGGGAGCCAUAUUUAAACUGUCUGUUUUCCCUUUUGUGUUGGUGGGAUCUUGUUUCAAGUCUGUUUAUGUUUGACCGUGAACUGUCACGUAUCGUUUGUUGUUUUGAUCGUGUCUCUAUUAAAGAGUAUGUUUGCCUGCAACGCUGCGCCUUGGUCCUCAUCAUCUGUUCUAGACGAACGUGACAGAAGAUCCCACCAGAACUGGACCAAGCAGCCUAGUGAGGAGCAGAGAGGGUGGACUUGGGAACAGUGGAGAAAGAGCUUCGACUGGGUCAAGCCGAAUGAGGAGCUGAAUGGCGGGAAUUGGAAACAGAAGAGCGAGAGUUGGGCGAGAACUAUAGAGGCCUGGCCCACGGGGAAGAGAGACUCCCAGAAAAUUUUUAGGGGGGGGCUCACGUUGUCGGGGCAGCAGGAGGCCGCGAUAGAGCGGCCCAGCGGGUUGGCAGAGGAGGCCGCCAGGUUACGGGGGCCACUGGUCGAAGAGGGGAUGUAAGGUGUAGAGGCACGGCGAGAGGUACUGGGGUGUGUUACCAGUCCGGUCCGGCCCAUUCCAGAUCCCUGUGUAGGACCAGUGGUGUGUGUCCCCAGUACGGUCCGGCCCGUUCCUGCUCCCCGCACCAAGUCAGUGGUGCGCUUCGUCAGCCCGGCUCGGCCCGUUCCUGCUCCCCGCACCAAGUCAGUGGUGCGCUUCGUCAGCUCGGCCCGUUCCUUUUCCCCGCACCAAGUCAGUGGUGCGCUUCGUCAGCCCGGCUUGGCCAGUUCCUGCUCCCCGCACCAAGUCAGUGGUGCGCUUCGUCAGCCCGGCUCGGCCUGUUCCUGCUCCCCGCACCAAGUCAGUGGUGCGCUUCGUCAGCCCGGCUCGGCCCGUUCCUGCUCCCCGCACCAAGUCAGUGGUGCGCUUCGUCAGCCCGGCUCGGCCCGUUCCUGCUCCCCGCACCAAGUCAGUGGUGCGCUUCGUCAGCCCGGCUCGGCCCGUUCCUGCUCCCCGCACCAAGUCAAUGGUGCGCUUCGUCAGCCCGGUCCGGCCCGCUCCUGCUCCCCGCACCAAGUCAGUGGUGCGUUUCGUCAGCCCGGCUCGGCCCGCUCUUGCUCCCCACACCAAGCCAGUGGUGUGCGUCGUCAGUCCGGCACGGCCUGUGCCUGUUCCACCAGUGUGCAGUCCAGCUCCGGCCAGCGGGGCCAGACCGGACCAAGGGCGCUAUGGGGGGAUUAUUGGAGGGUGGUGGGCAAGCCCGGAACCAGAACCGCCGCCGAGGAGGAAUGCCCACCCAGCCCUCCCCUGUUUUGUUCAAGUUGAGGCGCGGUCGCAGUCCGCGCCUUUAGGGGGGGGUACUGUCACACCCGGGCUCUGGGACUCUAAUUAUUGAGCCAGGGUGUGGUCAUUCUAUGUGGUGUAUUUCUAUGUUGGGAGUUCUGGUUAGUGUAUUUCUAUGUUGGCCUGAGUGGCUCCCAAUCAGAGGCAACGAGUGUCAGCUGUCGUUGGUUGUCUCUGAUUGGGAGCCAUAUUUAAACUGUCUGUUUUCCCUUUUGUGUUGGUGGGAUCUUGUUUCAAGUCUGUUUAUGUUUGACCGUGAACUGUCACGUAUCGUUUGUUGUUUUGAUCGUGUCUCUAUUAAAGAGUAUGUUUGCCUGCAACGCUGCGCCUUGGUCCUCAUCAUCUGUUCUAGACGAACGUGACAGUUAUUUAACCACUUUAUACUUGUUUGGUUCAUAAAUCUGCUUUGUAUCAUAUUACUUUAGUGUUUUCUCCACAUCUUUUAAACUAUCUAACUUCUACAUUCAUAUUUAAGAGGUCACUUUAUUUUGAUGCGUACUUUGCUGAAGAUAAUAUCUUACUGUAGCUGUACUUGAUGUAGUUACUUAGUUGAUGAUUUCUGUUUGUUCCAGGUAACAGUGCCCCCACCCUCACCGUCAUGGCCCCCUCUAGUGAGGAGCUGUCCAGGACAACAACAGCCACACUGACGUGUCUGGCCAACAAGGGCUUCCCCUCAGACUGGACCAUGAGCUGGAAAGUGAACGGGACCAGCAAGAAGCAGGAGGCCAGUCCCGGGGUCCUGGAGAAGGACGGCCUGUACAGCUGGAGCAGCACCCUGACUCUCACUGCCCAGGAGUGGACCAAGGCAGGAGAGGUGACCUGUGAAGCCCAGCAGAAAUCCCAGACUACAGUCACCAAGACCCUGAGGAGGGCUGACUGUUCUGGGUAG